CAAGCUCAACUCAUCAAGCAGCUGCAGGAGAAACAGAAGGAGCAAGAAGGCGUCGUGGAAGCCUUGGGAGGAAAGAUGAGCACGACAGGGAGUCAAGUGGAGGAACUGAGGAGGGCACAAGCGGUAGAGAGAGUGUCCUUCUCUGCUUCACUUCAAGUAUCUGGUCACGGACCACACAUUGGACCCCUAAACCCACCACCAAUCCUGGCUUACAAACACGUCAUCACUAACAUUGGCAACCACUACAACCCAAACACAGGCAUCUUCACAGCUCCAGUCAGAGGGGUCUUCCACUUUCUUGUAUUUGUUUAUGGGGGUGCCGGCCGUGGCACUGGCGUAUCCCUAAAUAAAAAUGGAGACCCCAUCGUCAACGCAUACAGUCAUCCGGCAGGUGGCACCGUAAGUUCAUCAAACGGGGCGUCCCUGCUGCUGGAGGUUGGAGAUGUGGUGUACGUGAAGCUGGGGCAUGGGGCAUGGGUAUACGACAGCGUUAAUCACCACACCACCUUCUCUGGCCACCUGCUCUUCCCCAUGUGAAGGCCCAGAGCUAGCCCUGAGGGGGAUCACAACACUGUUGUUGGUAAAUAGGCCUAGUCAUAUUGUUCAGUCUAAAAAACCUAGAUGAUAUGAUAGGAUAUAUGGGAUUGAACUGUCUGUAUUUUCGUGGUGUCUUGGUGCAAAGAACAUCUGUAGAUAACACUAUACAGUCAAGAUAGCAGCUGCCUGUGAG